CAGUGUAGGACAGGUGUGGGCGUUGCUGAGGCUUCAUCUACUGAUAACUGCCAAGCGUGCGUUUUCAUUGACUUACAGUUGCAGGGUGAAGGAGCCAUGCCGUUCCUCCAUGGGUUUCGUCGGAUCAUUUAUGAGUACCAGCCGCUGGUGGACGCUGUGAUGUGUAUUUUUGGGCUGGAGGAAGGUGGUGGAGGUCACGAGGACAGGGGCAGAAGCCCUGAUGAAGAGGCUGGUCUUUGUAAUUCUCUUGUGGAGCUUCUGGAUCGGGAGUCCCAGUCAGAAGUCUUCCUGGAAGGUAUCAGCUACGCUCUGUUUAAGAUAGCCGAACACGGACUGGUCUAUGCAGCUGAAAUCCUUCUACGCUACAGAGCUGACCUGAACUUUGAAGACCCGGUGUCUUACUACAACCCACUUCACAUAGCAGUUUUGAGAAACAGGCCAAACAUGGUGAGGCUGCUGGCCGGACACGGAGCCGACAUCGAAAAACGAGACAGGAUCCAUGAGAGCAGUCCUUUGGAUCUUGCCUGUGAGGAAUCCGAGAGGCUCCCCUGCCUGCUCACCCUGCUUGACCUUGGCGCUGAUGUGAAUGCAAGAGACAAACAUGCAAAAACACCUUUACUCCACGCCUUGGCUAGCAGCGAUGGGCUCACAGUGCACAACACCGAGAACAUCCAGCUUCUACUAGAGAGAGGUGCUGAUGUUAAUGCCACGACUGUAGACGGAGAAACAGUCAAGUCCUUGUUGGUGUUUCUGGUGAAGGAGGCUCUGGAGGCCAGCGUGGAGGAUGCGGCUGAGAUCGGUAACUUCUGCGUCAAAACCACACGGCUGCUGCUCGCUCACGGCUUUGACCCCAGCUGCUGUCUUGACUGUGAGCCCUCACUGACGCAGACCAGUCUGGAGCACUUUGACCUGUUCUUCCCUCUGGCUGUGCUCUUGAUCCAGAGCGGAGCCACUCAGGCUUGUAUAUAUCACCUCGAAUCCUGUUGGUCUCUUCACAACCUCCUCUUCCAGAGACUCCAUGCUGCCUUGCAGCAGUGCUCCGAUCAAAGUCACGCCUCUGAGCUCCUGGAGCAAGCAGAGGUGCUGCUUGACUUAGCGAGGGUCGACUCCCCUACGCUUUAUCGGCAUCCCGGGCUGGAGCUCCCAGCGCCCGGUCGGGACUCCCAUCCCUAUGCUCAGGCUCUGACAGACCUUCACAACCGUGCUCUAAAGCGGGAUGCAAGCCCUCCUGCUCUGCGAUGUCUCUGUCGGGCAUUCAUAAGAGGCCACCUACAGCCUUGGCCUCUUGCAGACAAAGUGAAAGCUUUGCCGUUACCGGACAGAAUGAAGGACUUUCUUCUUCCUGAGAACACAUACACCCCAAAGCCUGGAUGGGACCGAUUCAAGCCUCAACAAAGCCAGCAGUGAUGAUGCCACACUUUGCUAAAAUCUCAGUUAAAAAGACUGAAAAGGCCCGUGUAUUUGUCUGCAAAUGAACAAACCACUGAGGCCUUAGCUAAAUCUAUAUCGUGUACAGUCUGUGCCAAAUGAACAGACAAAUGUGUAUAUGUUUACAGAUUAGUUAGAUUGCAAUGAUUAACAGUUGGUCAAACCAUUUUAAUGUGUAAAGAAAACUGCAAUGCAGAGUGAAAGCCACCUGAUGGCAGUGUUGCUCCUGCAGCUCAAGAAGCUGCUCAGAUGUCAGGGUCAAAGAUUUCGUUAUUCAUUCACAAUGCAGCCUGUUACAGCUGUUCCAGCGCAGUAGGCAACAUCUAUAUUUUAUCUCCUCAACAUGAUGGUGGUGUUGUACUGUGGAAGUUGGUUAUCUUCUCACUUAACAUAAAAGUGGAUGAUUAAAAGAGCUGUAUGUGCGUCACAAUCAGUCUCCUGUAGCUUGUUGUUUCCAGCACAUGACAUUAUUUUAUGUUUGUAAACAUACAAGUGCUUGUGAGUGACCAGGAAGUGGCAGCACAGCACUGAAACAGACUUGUAAAAAUUACCCAAGUAAAUGGUGAUAUUUAGUUGUGUCCACAGAAGAAAGAGAAAGUGGUGAAAAUAAAAAGCAGCACGAUGGGAAGAGUGUGCCUGUCGUGGUUGUGCUGUGACAUAAUGUGUCUGCAGUGUGCUGGUGUGGAAAGUUUUCCCAAGCAUUCUUAAUGCUUAUGUUUAAAUUCAGAUGAAUUUAGGGCCCCCUUUCCCUUUCAUUUUUUAAAGCCCCUACACAUGCACGCAACCCACUCUGCACAGCCAGUCUGUGGUUAAAAACAAGAGCGCCUCAGAGAGACAUACUACGAUAGUAAGGCAACACCACAGUGCGUGUACAUAUGUGUUUGCGUCCAUGCGUGUGUGACGGGCAAACUAAAUAGGACAUUGUGUUACACAA